AUGGCCGUGCGUGCCGCCGCCCAGUCCUCCAGCUCCAGCAGCUUCGCUGGCGCCCGCAUUUCCGCCAAGGCCGCCGGCAGCAGCGCCCGCCGCGCCGCCAUCGCCGCCCAGGCCAAGAUCGGCGACACCCUGGAGGAGUUCCUGCUGGAGGCCACCCCCGACCCCAAGCUGCGCCAGCUCAUGAUGAGCAUGUCGGAGGCCAUCCGCACCAUCGCCUACAAGGUGCGCACCGCAUCGUGCGGCGGCACCGCCUGCGUCAACUCCUUUGGCGACGAGCAGCUGGCGGUGGACAUGCUGGCCGACAAGCUGCUGUUCGAGGCGCUGCGCUACUCGGGCUGCUGCAAGCUGGCCUGCUCGGAGGAGGUGCCCGAGCCCCUCGACCUGGGCGGCUCCGGCUUCUCCGUCGCCUUUGACCCCCUGGACGGCUCCUCCAUCGUCGACACCAACUUCUCGGUGGGCACCAUCUUUGGCGUGUGGCCCGGGGACGAGCUGACCGGCAUCACCGGACGCCAGCAGGCCGCCGCCGGCAUGGGCAUCUACGGCCCCCGCACCAUCUUCUGCAUCGCGCUCAAGGACGCCCCCGGCUGCCACGAGUUCUUGCUGCAGGUGGGCGGGGCGGCGUGGGUGGGUGGGUGGGGUGGUGGCAGAGGCCGCGAGUGGGCAGGGCCUGUACGUUUGUGGGAGGGGUUGGGGUACACGCUGCGGUACACAGGCGGCAUGGUCCCCGACGUCUUCCAGAUCAUCGUCAAGGAGAAGGGCGUGUUCACAAACGUCAUCUCCCCCUCCACCAAGGCCAAGCUGCGCCUGCUCUUCGAGGUGGCCCCGCUGGCGCUGCUGGUGGAGAAGGCCGGCGGCGCGUCGUCCUGCGACGGCCUGUGCGUCAGCGGCCUGGAUGUGGUGGUGGACAAACACGACCAGCGCACUCAGAUCUGCUACGGCAGCGUGGGCGAGGUUCGAAGGUUCGAAGAAUACAUGUAUGGCAGCUCUCCACGCUUCUCCGAAGUGGAGGCAAAUGCCUGA